ACUUUUUCCUUUUUCAGCUGUAAUAUAAGGAAUUAGCCAAUUGGAUGAGACAGAGAGUAUCCUUAGUUCUAUCCUCGACCAGUCUUCGGAGAAAUUGAGGUUUUCUUGGGCCCUGCUGCUGCUGUUGUAUCAGACCAGAGGUUUUGAUAAGUAUCUUCUAUGGAUGCAACACAUUCGGAAGUAUUACAAGAAACUCCUUCAGUGGAAAUCAAGUCCUUCUUUGAUUCAGCUCCUCCUUUGAAGGAUGCUGAUGAAAUCAGCAGAAAGUUGAAAGAAUUUGUUGAAAGGAAUUCUUCAACACCAGAGAAUGGAAGAGUUACAAGGGUGGUGUGUGUGACAUCUGGUGGUACUACAGUUCCUUUGGAGCAACGAUGUGUUCGUUACAUUGACAACUUUAGCUCUGGACAUAGAGGAGCUGCAUCCACAGAAUACUUUUUGAAGGCUGGUUAUUCUGUCAUCUUUCUGUAUCGUAGAGGAACCUGUCAGCCAUACUGUUCAUCUCUUCCUGAUGAUCCAUUACUUGAAUGUUUUGAUAUUACGGAUGAUUCCAAAAUUCAAGUGCACCCAUCACAUGCUGAAGUGGUGAAGAGAGCCAUCAGUGAACAUCGUGCGGCAGUAGUGGGAGGCAACUUGUUGAAACUACCUUUCACAACAAUUUUUGAGUAUCUUCAGAUCUUACAAUUGAUUGCAGAUUCAGUCAGCAAACUUGGACGAAGUGCUAUGUUUUAUUUUGCUGCUGCAGUGUCUGACUUCUAUGUCCCUUGGGAAUUACUGACAGAACAUAAACUUCAGUCAGCAUCUGGUCCUCUAGACAUACGACUUGCUCAGGUCCCUAAAAUGAUUUCAGUGCUGAGGAAAGCUUGGGCACCAAUGGCUUUUUGCAUAUCCUUCAAGCUGGAGACAGAUUCAAAUAUCCUUUUAGCAAAGGCUGCCAUGGCACUCAAAAAGAACAAGGUACAUAUGGUGGUAGCUAAUGAGCUUUCAACCCGUAAAGAUGAAGUGAUCGUAGUUGCAGAGAGUGGAAAUAUAGUAGUUCGCAGAGACAAGGCUCAGCCAGGGGCUGAGGUGGAGAGCCCCCUUGUUGAACUUCUGGUGGAUAGACAUUCAGCUUAUAUAAAGGAAGCUGGUGUAUAGUCUCUGCGCCAACAACAGUUGGUGGAUUAAUCCUCCUCGUACUUAGAGAAGCAUUUAUAAGAGGAGGAGGAGGAGGAGGAGAAGGGGGGG